UUCCGGAGGGAGGCGGAAGCGCGGUGGGCGCGGGGUCCGGGCGCGCCAGGGCGGCUGCUGCGGGGCCGCCGGGACUCGCGGACAGCGGCCUCCGGGCGGGCGGCCGCGCUCGGGCUGUGGGCGUCGCGCGCCCGAGGGAUGCCGAGGCGCCAUGGCCAGCGACGGCGCCAGGAGGCAGUUCUGGAAGCGCAGCAACAGCAAGGUCCCGGGCAGCAUCCGGCACGUGUACGGCGCCCAGCACCCCCCCUUUGACCCGCUGUCCCACGGCACCCUGCCGCAGGCCGCGCCCAGCCCCCCCGCCCGGCCCCGGCGGGUCAGCACCUUCCAGGAGUUCGAGAGCGACACGAGCGACGCGUGGGACGCAGGCGAGGACGACGACGGGCUGCUGGCCAUGGCGGCCGCGCAGCUGCACACGGAUGUGGUCCUGGAGACGGCGCACCGCGUGCUGCGCGACCACCGCCAGCGGCAGGGCCAGCGGCCCCCCGCGGGCCCCGAGCCCCCCGCCACGCCGCCGCCCGCCGGGGACCCGCGGCUGGUGAAGUCGGUCAGCGAGAGCCACGCGUCCUGCCCCGCAGAGAGCGCCGGCGCCCCCGCGCCCCUGCAGAGGUCCCAGUCGCUCCCGCAGGCCGACUCUGCCCCGGGCCCCGCGGCCGAGGCGCCCAGCAGCGUGGUGCUCAGCGAGAGGGAGGCCUCGCGGCUCGACAAGUUCCGGCAGCUCCUCGCCGGCCCCAACACGGACCUUGAGGAGCUGCGGAGGCUCAGCUGGUCCGGGAUCCCGCGGCCCGUCCGGCCCGUCACGUGGAAGCUGCUUUCGGGCUACCUUCCCGCCAACGCGGACCGGCGGGCAGCCACCCUGCAGCGGAAGCAGGAGGAGUACUUUGCGCUGGUGGAGCAGUACUACGGCUCCCGGCACGAGGAGGCCCACCAGGACACGUACCGGCAGAUCCGCAUCGACAUCCCCCGGAUGGGCCCCGAAGCCUUGGUUCUUCAGCCCCGAGUGACGGAGAUUUUCGAGCGGAUACUGUUUAUCUGGGCGAUCCGACACCCUGCCAGUGGCUACGUGCAGGGCAUCAACGACCUCGUCACGCCUUUCUUUGUCGUCUUCAUCUGUGAACACGUAGAGGAGGAGGCCGUGGACACCGCCGACCUCUCCCGUGUGCCCGAGGAGGCUCUGCGCAACGUGGAGGCCGACACGUACUGGUGCAUGAGCCGGCUGCUCGACGGGAUCCAGGACAACUACACGUUUGCACAGCCGGGGAUCCAGACGAAGGUGAAGAUGCUGCAGGAGCUGGUCAGCCGCAUCGACGAGCCCCUGCACCAGCACCUGGACCAGCACGAGGUGCGGUACCUGCAGUUCACCUUCCGCUGGAUGAACAACCUCCUGAUGCGGGAGCUGCCCCUGGCCUGCACCGUGCGCCUCUGGGACACCUACCAGGCAGAGCCCGACGGCUUCUCGCACUUCCACCUGUACGUGUGCGCCGCCUUCCUGCUGCGCUGGCGGACGGAGAUCCUGGCGGAGAGAGACUUCCAGGAGCUGCUGCUGUUCCUGCAGAACCUGCCCACGGCCCGCUGGGGCGACCGGGACAUGAGCCUACUGCUGGCCAACGCCUACCGCCUGCAGUUCGCCUUCGCCGACGCCCCCAACCACUACAAGCGCUGAGCCCGCCCGCGGGUGCCAAAGAGCGUCGGGGGUCCCGGCCCCCGCGCCCCCCUGCCCAAGUGCCAAGCGGCUCUACAGGGCGGGCGCCGGCGGGGCAGGCGGGGCCGAGGCCCCCAGUGCUGCCUGUUGAAGCGAAUAAAGCGAGAAAGCUAACACCUGGCACCCUCCCCGCCGGCCCCCCAGCCGUGCCGGCCCUCCAGGCCUGGGCAGGACCCCCCAGCCGUGCCGGCCCCCGGCCCUGGGCAGGACCCCCCGUGUGGACGGGCCCCGGGCAGGACCCCCCGCCAUGGACGGGCCCCGGGCAGGACCCCCCAGCGUGGACGGGCCCCGGCCCUGGGCAGGACCCCCAGCGUGGACGGGCCCCGGGCCUGGGCAGGACCCCCCAGCCGUGGACGGCCGGGCCGGCAGACUCACCCGCCCCUCUCGGGCCCUCCCUGGGCUGCCCAGGGCAGUGGGGGCCGGGCCGCCCUCAGGACAGCGCCAGCCCCUGCGUCCUCCUUGCGCCCAGCGGGCCCGGCCGACCCAUGGACAAGAGGAGCAGCACCGCCCACUGCCCCUCCCGGCCCAGCCCCCAGCCGCUCAGUCCUGGGGCCUCCGUCCUGCCGCCGCUCCCAGACGCGUCCCGGGGCUUCCCAGCUCCUCUCCGGCCCCCAGGCCGUGUGCCCUCCGGGGGGCCCCCUCAGUUCAGGCUGCCGAGAGACAGCUGGGUGGGCAGGGCGGCCCAGGGGGACACAUGCAAGCACCUGUGCACACGCAUGCACAUACAUGCACACAUGUGCCCAGGCGUGCACACAUACCCACGCGUAUACACACACGCACACACGUGUGCACACACAUGUACACGCACAAACAUGCGUGCAUGCACACAGCACGCAGUGGUGACGCCCCCCCUCUGCCGCGGCUCCUGCCGGGUUUCCUGAGGCUCCAGCUGAGUUUCUGCUCCGCUCUCCGGCCCGGAGCCGAGCUCUGCAGUCACCACCCCGGCGGGCCCAGAGAGCCCUCGCCACCCACCGCUGAAGACACCCUCGCUGGGGUGGGGUCGUGGGUGCCGCCCUGAGCCCCCCGGGGAGAACAGCCCCCUCCUCCUGUGCCCGGUGGUUGGGGGUCCCGGGGCUUCCCCGGCCACCUCCGCGCCCACGGACACCGCCGCCUCGGGCCCCCCUGCACGGGGCUGGGACUGUCCAUCCCGCACCCUGGGGCAGCCCUGGCCCGAGUCCCCGGGACGCGUGGGGCCCCCUGUGCCCGUCGCCAGCACUUUCUCUCGCCAUUAAAGCUACUCAAAGUC